AUGGCUCCUCCGCCGCAACCUGCCCAGCCUCGGUUCGACGCUUGCGCUUCCACAGCGUCCCUAUUUCUCUAUGCCCAGGGAUCGACAAUUUUUUGCCUUCACCAUGAUACAUUAGCGAUUGAGCGCCGUUUUCAGAGUCACCAGGAAAAUAUCGAGUUUAUAUCGGUGGAUAAUGUCAGCGAGCGGGGUGCGGGGAGAUUGGUGGUCAGUUACGAUGUUGGACAGACUGCGAUUGUUUGGGAUAUUUUUACAGGCACUGAAAUUGCCCGGUUUGCUUCCUUUGAGCAUUUACGAGUGGCUGCAUGGAUGCGCAAUGGAAAUGUCGCAUUCGGAAACGGGAAAGGCGAAGUCAUUCUUUUCGAGCCUUCAACACAGGAACAUAUCUCUGCGCGUACAAUUUUCGAUCCAAUUACUGCUAUGGCACCUGCGACAGAUUGUCGGACACAUGCAAUUGGGUAUCAAAAUGGUUCUAUCUUGAUCGCAACUCUUCUUCCUCAAUUUACCAUUCUUCAUACUUUGACUACAUCCCGAGGACCGUCUCCUAUUAUAUCUCUCGCUUGGCAUGCAUCUUCAUCAAAGCAAAAGUCGGAUAUGCUGGCAACUCAAUCUUCCAAUGGCGAUCUUAGAGUCUGGAGCGUGGCAAAGCCGCCAGGAAAAGAGUCACCACGAGUGAUUAGGGUACUGAAACGAUCUGACUCGAGUUCUGCUGACCCCAAAUGGAUGGGAUGGUCGAAAAAUGGAAGACUGGUUCAAUAUCUGGAAGGGUUGCUAACAUCUGAGAAAAGAGAAACAUGGUCAUGGGACGUCCGAACCAAACACGUUACUUACGACCCGAUUCCUACAAUUGAUGGUGUUCGAGGACUAGCCAACUAUGGCCCUACCGCAACUCUUUUCACCCUCGGUCCCCAAAAUUCAGUACAGCAGUAUGAUUUGGAGAAUCCAGCAAUGGUUGCAAAUGUGCAACAUGUGCCAGUAGGGUCGAGGUCUGGUACAUCGGAGAAUAGCAGAUCAAGGACAAUGUCACCGCGUCGCCUGCAGGAUCCUCCUGAUAUCCGGGAACCAUCGACUGCGGCCCGACGAACACCAUUCGAUGCAAAUGGGAUCGAAAGUAUCAGACAACGGGCAGAUCUGACUAGCCCUGCUUCUUCUCGCAGUAGGACGGAAUCAGUCAGUUCAAAGGCAUCAUCUUCGAAAUAUAAAAUCAGGCCUUUUUCGCCGCCGAGUCGGUCUGGCCAGAGUGCUACUACAUUCUCCUUGACUUCGGCUGGCGGUGAUACGCCGCAGCCUUCUGUGUCCGCCAUUUCCUUUGCGUAUCCGUCUUCGGUUUCGAUGUCGUCUGUGAGAAGUUCAAGGGCCGCAUCGCGGUUGCGGAAUGAAGUCCAUCUAAGUCCGGCUGAGAAGAGCAUUGUCGAUUUGUUUCCGUUUACUCGUGCUCGGCUCAAUGAUGUGCCUUACAAGCAGCAACCGCCUCUUGAUGAUCCGGAUUUGACUUCUGAUGAUUUACGACAGCAGAUGUUGAGUGUGGUAUUUGGCUGGGAUGGUGAUAUUGAAGAUCUGAUCAGGGACGAAUUGAGUCGCCAUGCCGUUGGAAGCCAGAGCGCCAUUCUUUUGGCACAAUGGCUUGGUGAAACCGAUACAGAUCAAAUGGCUUCCAUGGUUGCUCCCGGAGCUGUAUCAACGUCUGACUGGAUGCUUCUUGCAUUAAGCCAAAUGACUGGUCAUGCCCAAGCAAACAAAGUCGGACAAGCAUUUGUCCAGAAGCUACUCGAAGUCGGUGACACGCAUACUGCAGCUGCCAUUUUGCUUGGACUUGGCGAUAGCAACGAUGCGAUUGAAGUCUAUGUUUCUCGAAAUCACUUCAUGGAGGCUAUCCUUAUGACAUGUCUUGUUAUGCCGUCCGACUGGCAGAGACAAUCUUAUCUUGUUCGUCGGUGGGGAGAACAUGUAGUCACGCAUUCUCAACAACAACUCGCAAUUCGUUGUUUCAUGUGUACAGGCGCGGAACCAUCUGAGCCAUGGGCAUCGCCAUCCGCACAGCAAGCGGCAUCCUUUGCGGAGAUGAUUCGAACCAACUUCGCCGGGGCCUCCCCAGGCCAAUAUUUCAAGCAUAAUGGCCCCCCAAUCCGUCCCAGAUCUACAUCUAACGGGAAGCCUGCGGCAAAGACUCCGGCAUUGAAGCUUAUUACUUCAUUCGAUGUGCAACCAAAUCAACGCUUCCGCUUCCCUGGAUUGAAGUCAGACGACCGUACUCCAACCAAUGCACCGGGAAUCACGCCAAUCGCUGAAUCUGCUGUUCCGGACUCUGCAUUGUCUCCUGGGGGCCUCGGUUGGAAGCUGAACAAUAUCCAAAGCUUAAGUCAUGCAAUGACUUCUCGAACGAAUACCCCUUCUUUCAACCGGCGCCGUUUACCCUCAAUUGGAGAGACUCCGGUGGAUGUGCACCCUCCGACAUUCUCGCGAUCUGGUUCAUUUAGCCAAAAUGAGUAUGGGUCUACUUCAGAGAACGAGACGAGUGGCCAUGAACAUAGCCAAGACGAAAGGGAAAGUGAAAGUGGCCUUUUGGAGUUACCAUCUGGUAGAUAUGAGCCCAACACCGACUCUCUGAAACCCAGCCCCCAGACUGCCGUGCAAGGAAUGGACAAGUUUGCCACCAUCAAGGGUCUUCCAUCUCCAGCCGCUGGUGUGUUUGAAGCUCUGACCAACGAUGACCACCGUAAUGGCUCUCGGGAUCGUAAACCUGAUGGCCUUCAGAUUGAGCUACUCGAUAGCGAACGAAGUCACCAAGAUCGCUCGGCCUUGAUUCCUAGCGCUAAGAGCACGGCUUCGACAGCGAACAGUUUCACUUCUGCUAAGAGUCCAAGCGUCAGUGGCCGAAGCAUUGAUCAAUACAUCAGCAGUCUAGACGAAGCAAACUUCCAUGCGCGCAAGUAUCGUGGUCCUCACACACCGGGGCGUGGAAGGCGAAACACAGGUGAUACAGCUAGUCAGAGCUCACGGGUUCACCAGUCGCGAGAUGCUUCGCAGGAUACUCAGGGCCGAAAUGACCGUCGCUAUAUCCAACCUGCUAAACGCUCUCCCUCUUCGCCUGUCCCCAUGUCUCCUGAGGAAGUAGCACGGCAUGGGACCGGGGAAUUUGAAAUGCCGAAGUCCAAGCCGAAAUCAAAGUCGCGCACUAGGAGUUCAAGUAAGAUGAGACGACCGGAGUCGCGAAACCGUCAACGAUCGUCUAGCCGACAUACAGCAAGCCGUAUUGCAGACAAGCGAGAGCCUUCAAAUCGUGGCCGCAGCAAUGACCGGCAAGGAUCUAGCACUAGAUCCCCAUCUUCGCCUCUUCCCAUGUAUUUCCCGGGAGAUGAGCCUACUCAGACUGACAGUGCAGAUGAUCCAAUGAAGUUCGUCGCGAGUAACCAGCAGAGGCUGCGCUCUCGGCAUCGUAGUGCUAGUCGCCGUCGCGCUGAGAGAGGCACAAGUGCAGCAAGUGCCAGAAGAGAUGCGUCCCCGGAAUCCAGACACAAGACAUCCCAGAGUCUGUCAGAAGUUCAGCCGACGACCAAAGCUGAUCCAUGGAAUCAAUCAUCAGAGUCUGUUCAAUUAUUGUCGAGCAAGGUCUUUGGCCAGGAGCCCCCUUUAAGUGCAUUUUCCAAUGCACAGCCUAGCUCGACUGCGAAUGACUUCCAAGAUAUUGCAUCCCCAACAACGCCAUUUGUCAGUAUGGCAGAGAGGAAGAGGAGAGAGUUCGCAGCUGCCGAACUAGAGGCCCGGAGACUAUCUCUUGCACGCAACCCAUCGGCACCAAACAUUCCCUUCCCUGGUGAGCUGCAAAGCGUCAGAAGUCCCAUCGAAAGCCCUCCGCCAUUUUCUGGUGGUAACUCAUACUUCCCACGAACUCAGUCUCGAAACAAAAUGAGCCAGAGCAAGGCAUCUCCCGACUACCCAAGCAGCUCAGAUUCCAAUUCUUCCCGCUCCGGCAUGCCAAUAGGACUUCCAGCAACUCCUCGAGCUAUGCGCCAUCCCAAGUAUGGAGGAAGCGGACAGGACGAAGAACGGCCUCCUUCAGUGCCAGCCAUUCCUUCAGACACAAGUAUGUUCCUCAACAGUGCUAGGUACCAAGGUGAUGCCGAAAGAAUUGGUCGAUCGAUGUCAGUCCCAGUUCCAGAGGGACAUUUCAAUGGCAUGGCUCCAAUGCCCAACGACCUGCCCAUGCACCCACGAUUCAACCCAGCUCUCCCAAGAAGCCGAUCGAGCAGUCGAAGCCGCAAUAAAGCCCACCGCCGCACAAGCUCCGGCGGCUACGUCUCAGGCACCUCUCCCAAUCUGGCUGUAAGCAUCGAAGAGACCAUCGAGAACGCAUUGCAACGAGGACCCUCAGUAAACUACGACAACAUCCCACCACCACCGCCUCCGCCAAUUCUCCUUGAAUUACAACAUCUCAAUACACCACCUCCACCACCUCCUCCACCUCCAUUCCCGAUGUCCGCAGACCCUAUCUCUCCGCGUGAUUCCUCUGCUACAAUUGACAUUGCCAUCGACAACAACGAAGACCUUGGUCGUCUCCUCCCGCGCGCUAUGACAGCCGCUCCGGCGUUCAAUCUCCAUGCACAGAGUGUUGGUCCUCAAUCCGGAAAUCGACGUAUGUCUUUUGAUCAUCGCCGGAAUAGAAGUUCCAACGAAAGCUUCACCAACAAACUACGGAGCUUGACACGCAUGCGCAGUACCGCCAGUCGCAGUGUCGAGCCAUGGUCACAAGCCACGGAGCCCGAGAUGCAGUAUGAGAGUACGCAUUCCCAUUCUCAUUCGCACGGUGUCGCCUCGAACCAGAAUUACAUUCUUCCGAGUCAAAGCUAUGUCUCGCCUGGUCAGAACUUCGUCUAA